AUUCUAUCAUAAUUCUAUUUCAUAAACAGAUUUUUAUUACUUUCUUGAUCAAUCUUUCAACUAUUGACAUCAUUAUUCGUUGUGGACUUCAAAAUGGACCUAAAUUUUGUGCAAGCUGAUAACAGCAAUCUACCUAAGGUUGACGCAUUAAUGGUAGCAUUUUUCUUCAAAAAUAAUGCGGACUACUAUGUUGCGGAACUCAAACAUGUGAAAACAACAAUGUCUGGAAGGGAGUCCUACGGAGACGAUGCAAUUGGCUAUGUGCAGCUGCACCGGGAGCAUGGACUUUGCACACUUAAGUGCAAAAUGUGCCCAGAGCACAAAGUGAGAUCAAAAGCUUAUAAUGUGACAAUGGUUAUCAACGAAAAUGAAAGCGAGAUAAUAAGUUGUCAGUGCCAUGACUGUGCUGCUUCAGCAGGAGGAUGCAAGCAUGCAGUCGCUUUUUUGAUGUGGGUACAUCGGCGCAGUGAGGAACCUCCAUCUACUUCGGUGGAAUGUUAUUGGAAAAAGCCAACAUUGUCAAGAGUAGGGACUACUCUGAAGUACAUCACUGUGCAGCAGAUGUCGAAAAAGGAAGUACCACACAGACCAAGUACAUCAGCACUUUACACAGACUUUGUUUUGGAAGCCAAAAAAAGAAAACUUCAACACUGCGAAUUGAUAAAAUAUCAGGACGAUUUUAAACACUCAAAUGUUAUGCGGUAUUCGCUGCACUGUUUCAUAAUGGACCAACCACCAAAAAUUCAAGCAGACGUAGACAAUCUUGUAGACAUAAUGAAGACAACAUUCAACAGAGCUGCUAUCAGUGCAAUUGAAGAAGCAACAAGAAUGCAGUACAAGAGCAGCUUGUGGUAUGAGAUGCGGUAUGGCCGUAUCACAGCUUCAAAGGCACAUGAAGUGAGCGUAUGUCAUACACCUGAUGGUUCAUUGGUUGCUACUAUAAUGGGCGCAAAAAUACCAGAUACUAUUGCAAUGAAAAGAGAAAUCAUGCCGCGAAAUUACAUCCGGAAAACAACACGUCAGAACUGGGAUGAACAAGCUAUGAUUAAAGCCAUAGAAGCCGUAAAACAGGGUAUGCCAUAUAAAGCCGCCUCCAAACAAUUUUUAGUCCCACUUAUGGCACUUAAAAGAAGAGUUAAAGGAAAGAACGUUUACGCUGUGGGGGGCACCAAAAUGUUGGGAAGUAUCAAGAAAGUAUUCACGGAUGAACAGGAGCUGGAGCUAGUGCAACAUAUUAAAGACAAUGAAGAGACUAUGUACGGUUUUACAGUUGAUGACGUUCGUAAAUUUGCUUUUGAGAUAGCUGAAAGAAACAAAAUAAGGCAUCCAUUUUCUACUACGUCCCGUAAAGCUGGUAAAGACUAGCUAAGGGGGUUUCGACAAAGACAUCCUGAUAUCACUCUACGUGCCCCGGAGUCAACGUCAGCGGCACGAGCUCGAGCAUUCAAUAAACCGAUUAUUGACAAAUUUUACAAAAAUUUACAAAAAGCUCAGGAAAAGCAUGUAUUUCCUCCUCAUCGCAUUUUUAACGUUGAUGAAACUAGUUUGAACACCAUUCCGACCAAAAAUAGUAAAAUCUUUGCCAAAAAAGGGCGCAAACAAGUAGCGAGAAUCACGUCUGCCGAAAGAGGUGAAUCAACUACAGCGGUUAUUUGCGGAUCAGCUGGAGGAAACUUCAUACCACCAAUGCUAAUAUUUCGCCGAUUGCGAAUGAAAAUAGAAUUAAUGGACGGUACUCCACCAGGCUCUGUGUACGCGUGCAAUCCCUCCGGCUGGAUGAAUAUUGAGGUUUUCUCUCAGUGGUUUGACCAUUUCUUGUCCCAUACUAAACCAUCUACAGAAGAUCCCAUACUUCUAAUACUGGACGGCCAUCUUUCUCAUACCAGAAAUUUGGACGUCAUAAUAAAAUCCAGAGAAAAUAACGUAACAAUUUUGUGCUUACCCCCACACUGCACGCACAAACUUCAACCACUCGAUGUUGGUGUAAUGUUUCCACUGAGCGUGUAUCACAACCAGGCUUUAGAAAGGUGGAUGAAUAAUAAUGCGGGUCGUGUAGUAACAGUUUUUCAAAUAGGUAAAAUCUUUGGAGAAGCAUAUUUGAAAGCUGCUGCACCCUCAAAUAUUAUCAAAGGAUUUGAAAAGUGUGGAAUAUGGCCGCUCAAUCCUGAUGUUUUUACUGAUGUAGACUUCGUUGCUGCCACCACAACUGAUCAAGCAGUAAGUAACGAAAUAUUGGUGCCCCAUCCAUGAAUAAAUAUAGCGCCUGAUGAAAUUCAAGUUUUUGGUGACCAUAAACCGCGACAUCUUAUACCCAGGGCUCCUGUACUUCCAGCCGAUUCUACGACAUGUGUACUAGUUGAUGAACCAUCCAACCUUACUGCUGUGUCACCUUGUACCUUAUCGACAUGUGCAGCCCACAAGCAAGGAGAGAGUAACGAAUACCGUGUAGCUGAAGCACCUACUACUAUUCUGGCUUCCCACGAAAGUAUUUCUAACAGCUUGAGAAGUUCAGCCGCCAUUCCAUUACCGUGGACAUCAGUUGAAGUAUCUUCCGUCUACGAUAAUGUUUCGCCUUCUACCUCAUCCAUAACUACGAAUACACCAUCUCUUGCAGCUGCUGCUCAAUCGGCGUCUUAUGACACUUCGGAUAAAGAUUCAUUUGCAUCACCAGUUGCGUCCACAUCUUUUAGCAUCCCUCCAUGCCAGAUUCGACCUUUCCCUAAAAUGGCAGAAGAACGUAGAAAAAAUAUCAAAGCUCGAGUAUGUACAGCAAUCCUUACAAGUUCGCCUUAUAAAAAUUACUUAGAAGAGGAAGUUAAUAAAAAAAAUGAAAAAGAACGCAAAAAAAAAUAAACGCAACGAAAAUAAAAAGAACUCAAUCAAGGGAAAUUCUAAAUCAAAUGAGGAAAAAGGAAAAAGAAAAGCAAAAGAAAAUGUGACCGAAAAAUACAAACGUCUAGAACCUAAAAGAGGCAAAAGUGAGUCAUCUUCAGAGGACGAAAGUGAUGCUGAGUGUUUGUUUUGUAAUGAGAGGUUUUCCAAUAAUAAUAGAGGUGAAGGAUGGAUCAAAUGUUGUGCUUGCUUAAGAUGGGGCCACGAAGCUUGCGCUGGCGUUGAUCCCGAUGACGCUGACGAGUUCACAUGUGAUUUUUGUGUCGAUGCCGAUGAUCGUUUCACUUCUGCUCG